GCCGGCCUUCCCUGACACUCUGCCUGCAGCCCACGGCAGCAUCCAUUGAAUCUUGCCCUGCUGGCACCGCACCGCGGCACAGCUCCAUAUUCUUAUAACAGCGUCAAUUAGGCAUUGAGCACCGUCGUUCGCUCUGCUCUCUUCUCGUUCGAUGAUCACUUGGACACCCUCGUCCUCGGGCUCUUUCUCAUAGUUUCAAUCGAGAACCGGGCUCUGGGCCGUGGUUGCGAGCAGUCUGUCCCAUCGUCUGUCUCGCUCACCUCUUUUGGAACUCCGCUUGAGAACCGCACCUUUUUGGGUUUGCACGCAACGAGGCCGAGAAGAUUGGAUCCCUUUCUUUGGAUCACCUCCUCAAAGAGUCGACUUGUCGGACUCUGAUUCUGGAUAAGCUUCCACUCAGACUCAACCGUGACUUGGACCUGGUCACACAGUAUGUCCGAAUCCCAGUCCCACCCGCGUCGCCGUCCCUUUAAUAAGGCCGCGCCCCUCCCUCCUCUCUUGACUUCUUCGGACCAUGGUAACGGCUCUUCAAACCGUGCUGUUCGACCUCAUAACAUGAAGUUGAGGAAAGGGGCUACCUUCCAUUCUCCAACAACGCCUCCCACCGAGGAAUGUGACCCGAUCCUCUACAUACCCUCUUUGCCUCGCCGAGCUCCCACCUGCUCACGGGCACUGGAGGAAGUUAUCGCCGCCGGCGAGAGACGUGUAGCGAACAUCCUCGGCCGGGUUGAACGAGACCUCGCUGGCCGUGACGGUGAACCUCGCAGCAGACCUUCGUUUCCUGGCGACGAUUCUCCCGUUCCUCGUGGAAUCCUUGCCGCCCACAUCGCUAAUACUGACGCCAUGGAUGUCGACACAGUUACCAACCACGCAAGGCCUAAUCGAAGCCGCCGUCUACCUCCCGUAGACAUAAAACACCGUCGAACAUCUGAUAGUGGUAUCGGCUCAUCAAUCGGUGAAGCCCUGCCGCACAAGUCCGCCGCUGGUUCAGGACAACCCAGAAAAAGUCCUAGCCGAAGUGCAAUUACAAGAUCGAUAUCGUAUAAAAGCUCUUCCAUGGACGCCUCGAAGCCUGUACUCAGCCCCAUCGCUGUAAAGCAGAUCGAGCGCCGUAUCCUUAUUCCAAUCCUUCGCGAAAAACAUUUAGAACAUUUCCAUCCUCUUGUCAGAGGUGUCCCUCAACGCAUCAAGCUUAACGAUAUCACUUGUCUUCGUGAUCUCGAAAAAACACUAUUGUUCCUGGCUCCAGACUUUGCACCUACAAGAACCUCAUACAUCAGCUUCUGCGACUUUACGAUCCAGUGCCUUCAUACUACGGUUGGAUUUCUUAACGAUCGCGACCAACGCAGACCUGCCGAUCGCCCAUACACGAAUGGUUAUUUCCUUGACCUUGUGGAGCAAGUGAGACAACACGCUGUCAUGCUGCAUUCCACUCGGCAAUCCCAAGGCAAAAAUGAAAACAACCUAGACUAUUCAUCUGGUGAAGAACUCCAUCUUGAAGGUGGACUCAGCAGCACCGGUCGCCCCGCCGAACUCGUAAGACGGAAAAAUGGUGUGGCCAUCUCCCUGAAAACGGGAGAGCCAUACGUAGAAUCAAAGCCCAUCAUGCCUGCCAUGAAGCGGUCACUUAGCAUUGAAUUAGGAGACGACGGAGUUAUGCGAUCCAUGGCGCGCCGUAAGAAGAAUGAACCUCCACUGAAUAUCAACAAGAAAUGCGACCACUGUGAAAAAGUGUUCAGGAGGCCAUGUGACUUGACGAAACACGAGAAAACACACACCCGGCCGUGGAAGUGCACCGAGCCAACUUGCAAGUAUUCUAAGGUUGGAUGGCCAACCGAGAAAGAACGGGACCGCCAUGUCAAUGACAAACAUUCCAAGAGUCCACCCCUGUACAGUUGCCUCUUCAAGCCGUGUACCUACCAGUCGAAACGUGAAAGCAACUGUAAACAGCAUAUGGAAAAAGCUCACGGCUGGGUCUACGUUCGAUCCAAGAACACAGGGAAGGCCAGCGCCCGUGGUUCCAAUCACCCGACGCCCAGCAUCGCCACUUCGCCAAAUCUGGCUGGAGAGAUGCCAACGCCAAUCAGUGCAGUGGCCCCCUCUCCGUACACCUCUCCGUACCAGCCAGAUUUCCAGUCUGGUACCCUAGGACAUAAUCCUGCACACGAAUAUAAUAACACAUUUAAUGAGGAUUUCCCUCUAUUUCCUGGAACACCCAACAAUGGACUCGGUGAGAAUGCUAGUCCGUUUACUACGCCCUUCGAUUUUAGCUCUUUCCACGCUGGUCUUCGUGCCAGCGAUCCACAUGAGUAUGUUCCUAACUUGGAUAUCAACAUGCCUUCGGUAACCUCUGGGGCUACUCCUAUAAACGAAGGUUUUGGUUCCGCGAUGCUUGACCAGUCUCCCAUGGAUCUGAGUGAUUCCCAGCUUGACUUAAAUAUCGACUGGCAUGACUUGGAAAAUGAGUACACGGCAAUGAAUUUACAACUCCCGACGCCGGAGUCCGUCGAAGCGUCGACUCUCGGAUUGUAUUCCCGGACUCCGUCCGUGUCUAUUCCUUCCCCUGAUGCACAGACGGGAGUUCCAAGCUUUUCUCCAAGCGGCCAAGGCAACAUCAUGCUUUACUCGCCUGAUUCCCGGUUUGUGGAUGAGGGUUUUGCCGAUGUUUAUGAGCCCUUGAAGAAGCCGGCCCGUGACUUCACGCUGUUUGAUCCUCCUUUGGGCGGUGUUGCAAACCAGCUGGGCAUGCCGCUGGACUCUUCAGAAAACGCUUUUUUCACCUGGUAUAAUGAAUCUUGAAUUAUAUUACUUGCCGGUCUUCGUCGAAUAUAUAACACAAAUGAAUUAUACUUAUGACCGCGGCUUUUGCACGAUUUAAUGAGCUCCAACCUCCCUUAUUCUGUUGUUCUAAACACUUUGGGGGAGAUAUCUACUGCUGUUCUGUGUUUGAUGACAAAGCCCUUCUUGAUAUUGAUGCUAGCGGACUGAGGGCUCCCUUGGUCUAUGUGCUACAGCUACUUCUACUCCCCUCGAUGUUUGCCUUUGAAUGUGAGUGUUGUUAUUUCCGUAUGGGCCUCUAUACCGUGGAAGAGAUUAAUUAGAGCGAGCAAUUCGCAAGGGGUGUCAGUAGCUACGACUGGAGGUGUGACUUUCCUAUCUUCUGCUCUUGUGGGAUACUUCUUUAUCUCUUUGUGUCUUUGUGCUUGAGCAGGUAUCGCCGAUACCUAGGUAGGCAGAUUAUUAAUACAUACACAUAUAUCAGGGUGGAAAUUUGAU